GGGCUUUAAACCGUCACUGCUGGUUUUCAGGUGUUUCACAGGUAAAUCAUCCACCUCUUCCUCCGUCUUCAUCAUGGCUGUGAGAGCCGCCUUUGAGAAAAACAACGAGAUCGGCUGCUUCGCCAAACUGACCAACACGUACUGCCUGGUGGCCAUCGGCGGCUCCGAGAACUUCUACAGUGUGUUUGAAGGGGAGCUGUCAGAAACCAUCCCAGUGGUUCACGCUUCCAUAGCAGGCUGUCGCAUCAUCGGGAGGAUGUGUGUGGGAAAUCGUCACGGCCUCCUGGUUCCCAACAACACGACAGACCAGGAGCUGCAGCACAUCAGAAACUGCCUCCCAGACACCGUGAGGAUCCAGAGAGUCGAGGAGAGGCUGUCCGCGCUCGGUAACGUCGUCGCCUGCAAUGACUACGUCGCGCUGGUCCAUCCCGACCUUGACAGGGAGACAGAGGAGAUCCUGGCGGACACGCUGAAGGUGGAGGUUUUCCGUCAGACGAUAGCGGAGCAGGUCCUGGUCGGCUCGUACUGCGCCUUCAGCAACCAGGGCGGCCUCGUCCACCCGAAGACGUCGAUAGAAGAUCAGGACGAGCUGUCGUCGCUGCUGCAGGUGCCCCUGGUGGCGGGCACGGUGAACCGGGGCAGCGAGGUCAUCGCGGCGGGGAUGGUGGUCAACGACUGGAGCGCGUUCUGCGGCCUGGACACGACCAGCACGGAGCUGUCGGUCAUCGAGAGCGUGUUCAGACUCGGCGACACGGCGCAGCCCUCCGCCAUCGCCACCAGCAUGAGGGACUCGCUGAUCGACAGGUGA